GUGAGCCUUAUAGUGCGGAAAAUACGGUAAUGUUAUUGAUAUAAUACCGUAAAAGCAGGUGCUCUUGGUUAUCAGCCUGAUCAAUGUUACAUAAUAAUAAACCCAUCAUGGUGAUUUUAGCUCAUCGUGGUGGGAAUAAUGUUAGUGGCAUAAAUAUUAAUAAUUAUUAUUAGAGCUGAUUAAAUCAUUUCAGGAUCGAUGGCGGUUAGUUUACAUGUUUCAAUAAAUGAAACACAAAGGAAUAAUUGUUGGGUGAUUAAUUCAGCUUUCAUCUGGGAAAUAAUUGUCACAUCAAUGCAGAUUAAAUUGACAAUAUGCCUGGAAAUCAUUAUUAGUAAUAGUCAAUGGUCACGACAUUGAUAAUUCUAGAGCUGUGCCGAUCGAUCGGCCACAGAUCAUAAUCGGCAGAUUUCUGUGAAAAAGUGUGUGAUCGGUGAUCGCCGAUCACCAAAACCGAUCAGCCGUAUCUCACUUCUCAGCCUGCAGCUGGUCUCCUCUUUCCUUCUCGCUGCCCAGGCGCGCAGCAACAAACCCCAAGCGAUGUGGUGGCAAACUUUAACGCUCAGAGUGAACGGGAACGUUUGCGUGUUGCUAUGGAGAAACCAGCACUAAGCGGAGUAUGGCUACACCCAGGCUCAGUCAGGAGGAAAAAGACGUCUGGAGCGAUCAGUCAGCAGGAUUCCUUCUGGCUGCUGCUCUCCAACAUCCUUCAGAGGUCAGGGGUCAUUUCCUCUGAGACCAUCUGCCAGUCGACGGGAGGGAACAGGGAGCUGGUGGCGGUAGGCCUUUGGCAGAGCGGUUACCAUGGCGACUUGACAUCAGGAGGGUCCGGUGGCUCCGGUUCCAACCCGCUGCUGGCGCUGGGCUGGCUGCUGGCCCAGGGGGUUCUGGAGAAGCUGCUGGCGGGUCAGGUCGCCGAGCUGGACCGCACGCUGUUGGACACCGGCCCGGCAACGACCAGAACCAGAACUUUAAAACCCGCCGGGCCGGACAGCGUCUCGCUGAGGACGCUGCAGUGGCUGAUGGGACGUCUGAGGCACCAGGGACGGACGCUGCUGUCCACCGCGGGAGGACGGACGCGAGCGCUGCACGACGUACUUUCCACCAGCCAGGUUUGCUCUCCGGCUCCCCCUGCUGGCCAAAGCUCUGCGGCGCUGACAGAGGACAGCGUGUGCAUCCAGCAGCUCUGUGACGUCCUGGAGGCGUACCUGAGUUGGAGACGGGUCGAGGACGUCUUCUGGACCUGGAUGGACAGCGUGGCAGACCGUCGUCACGCCGGUCCCCACGCCGCCACGUCCUUAAGGGGACUGGGGAUGUGUCACCAUGGCAACCAGGGGCCUGCCCAGUUGGAGCAGUUGCUGAUGAGAUUGCCCAUCACGCAGGAAACCGAGAGUCUCCGAGGUCAGAGGUCAGAGGACAAUCCGGCCUGCAGGUCUCCUGUCUUCUCUGUUCCCUCCAUCCGUCAGGUGUGGCGUCCCCGGCUGCAGACGGGGGCCCGAGGGCCGCCUGCAGCCCCCCCGGCUUUAGAGCGCCUCCUGCAGGCGGAGCAGCUGCUGCUGCGGCACGAAGCGGCGCGGCGCCUGGCCAACAGGAAGCGGCUGCGGCUGCUGAUGCGGCAGCUGCGGCGGCGGGUCUUCGUCCCGCUGUAGGGGAGGAGCUGUUGGUGUUGAUGGAGAGUGGAGCGGCGUUUGGAUCAGAACCGAUUCCUCUGCUGGUCAGAAACCUCAACGUAUCGAUACGUCAACUGGUCUUCUGGUGCCGUGGCGAUCACCAUGAGAACUGAACUGCAUCCAUUUUGAUGUGAUUCUGAUGUCAAACCCAGAAAACAGGACUUUACUCCAGAAAUGUUCGGUUCUGGUUGGAUUCUGGGAAACUACGACUGACUGCGGGUCACUGCUGGAGAAGCGGGAUCCCAGCAUGACUGUGGAAAGCUGAGUGGAGGGAAGAAGUUUGGUAGAUGGAGGUUCUGAAUGUUUUGAACAGAAAUAAAUAUUUCAACUGGGGAGGAAU